AGCAGCAAAGGUCAGUAAAUGUUGUUGAAGUUUUGAAGCAACAAUUGUUGAGAUUCUUAACAAUUCGGAUAUUCAAAUGAACUUUUCAAAAGUUGAGUAUGAAGAUGUUCGAAUUCCCGUGCCUUGGGGAUAUAUUUCUGGUCGUUGGUAUGGCAAUAGAAAUCGACGUCCAAUAUUAGCACUGCAUGGUUGGAUGGAUAACUUAGGUACUUGGGAUCUAUUACUACCACAUUUACCGAAGCACAUCGGUAUCCUCGCUAUUGACUUUCCUGGACAUGGACAAUCAUCGCACUUACCUCAGGGAAUGCAAUAUCAUGUGAUCGAUUAUGUUACUGCAGUUAUGCAUAUUAUAAAAGAAUAUAAUUGGAAAAAAGUUUCACUUAUGGGACAUUCAUUGGGUUCUAUUGUAAUAUACCUAUAUACUGCAUUAUAUCCUUCAACUGUGGACUUAAUAGUUAAUAUUGAUUUAGUGAAACAGGCUUUCCGGAAAGCUGAUAAUGAAAUUAAUCGUUAUGAAAGUACUUUUAUAAAGCGUUUAAGUGAUAUAACUGAAUUUAAGAAAAAUGAACCAAAAUCAUACGAUUUUAAAACUUUAGAAAAUAUAGUUCAUGAAACGUCUAGUCGUUCCGUUAAUAUUGAGAAUUGCAAAUAUCUUUUAUAUCGCAGCAUAACAAAAUCACAAACAUCUCCAGAUAAAUAUUAUUUUUCCAGAGAUAAGAGAAUCAAGUAUUAUGAACCUUUUACUACUACAUAUGAAGUAACGCUGGAAUUAAAUAAAAGAAUACAAAACAUUCCAUAUUUUGUGAUAAAAGGUUUGAAAUCUUCAUUUCUUAAUGAAGACUCAAGUGAAAUGUUAAAGGUACUACGUGAAAAUAAUCCACACUUUGAAUAUUACGAAAUUGAUGGAACACAUCACUUACAUAUAAAUAAUGCGGAAGAAGUGAGUAAAUAUCUUAAUCCAUUUUUGAACCGUCGCUACCCCGCCGAGCUUAGUUCUUGGUGUAUUGAUGAUAAUAAUGAGGAUGCAAGGAGUAAAUUGUAAAAUUUUUGUUCUUAUUU